GGCUGGUGGAAGGUACCGGCGUGUACGAACUUAAUUUUCUGGAGUCUCAUUCGUCUUCUCAAACGUCACACUUUGAUCAGGGUUGGUCCACACCACGAUACCAGUUCAUAGUUGUGGUUUGCGAUUUGAAGACUCCAUGUUAUGUUUACAGGAGACUAUGACGAUGAAGCUGUUUAUAAUAUGCGUCUUGUGCACAUUCACAGGUCUAGGCUUUGCCCAGGAAUUAACGGGACUAGGGGACUCUCCUAGGGACACUCGCCCUGUAUGUACCAAUCUUGGAUUCAUAAUCGAUGAGCCCUGUGCCAAUUGUGAGUGUGUUUCGGUGGCAGAAGGGAAUCAGGAUUGGAGAUGGCAAUGUGUGACAACUUGUCCAGAGUGCCCCAUCUACAUCGUCAGCCAGAUAUGCACCUUUGACCUAUGUAUUCUGCAGCGGGCGUGUACAAGAUUUCCUGAAGCUGAGUGCAAAAUCCCUGACUGUGGGACCUGUCAACCCAAGUACUUCUUAGAUGGAGAGGAAGUCCAGUGUUUCUCUGAUUGUCCUGAGGGGAUUGAGGAAGUGAUGUGUUUUGCUAACCCAUGCCAUUUUGAAGAAUGCCUACCCUAUCCGAUGGCAGAAUGUCGUUCCAAUUACUGCGGAGGUUGCUUUGCGGAGUUUUACGAUGACCAAGACAAUCGGGUCAACUGCUCUGAAGAAUUUGACUGUGCAAAACACAACCCCUGCUUACAUGACGGAAUCUGCUUUGAGGGACAGAACGAGCAAGAUGGUUAUUUUUGCCUCUGCAUGGUUGGAUACGAGGGCGAUAACUGUGAAACAACAACUCCGAGACUUGGGUACUGCCCAAUGUCUGACGGAGGUUCCUCUGAUCAUGAGAUGUGUGAUGAUUGCAUUGAGGAUAAUGAGUGUCCAGGAGCCAUGAAAUGCUGCGCUGGAGGAUGCUGUGCUGAACCAAGAGACUCCAUGCUGCCAAACUCCUGCCCUCUAGCUCGUCCUUUUAUGAACUGCUCCUAUGAGGAAGUCUGCUCCCCAGCGUUCUGCCCAUUCUUCUCAGUUGCGAGAUGUGUAGUGGACCACUGCGGAGGAUGCAACCCGGUGUAUGUGGGAGUUCAAGGAAUGCGUUUGAAUUGUACCUCAGGAGAAGUGGUGGAAUGCCCCCCUGGCAUUAUGGAGGCAACUUGUCUUGUUAACCCGUGUGAUGUUGAGUGUUCAGCCGACCCUAUGGCUCGCUGUAUUCCAAUUCGUUGUGGGGGUUGCCAUGCACUGUUUGUGAACGCUCAGGGGCUCCAUGUUGACUGCCAGAGUGGUGAAGCCAAGAAAUGCCCUAAUGGUUUUCAGGAGUACAUACCGGCAGGCAUGGACCCCUGCGCUGAUGCUACCUGCCCAUCAGAUCCCAGGGCAAAGUGUGUUGCUGCUACUUGUGUCAAAUUAGACGUACCCAUGAUGCCUCCCUUUGAGUUCUACAGCGUUUCGGGUGAUCGUGUAAACUGUGAUCCAGGUUCAGGCUGUCCUGUCGGUCUGCCAUUUGCAAACUGCUCCUAUGAGGAUGUCUGCUCACCACAAGCAACCUGCGAUUUCUAUCCAAAUGCAAGAUGUUUAGUAGAUCACUGCGGAGGAUGUCAUGCCGUGUUUGUAGGCGUUGGGGGCGCUCAUCUCGAUUGCACAACAGGCGAAGUGCUGCAAUGCCCUGCUGAUAUGCCAAAUGUUGCAUGUUUUGUAAACCCGUGUGAUAUGGCGGAGUGUCCAGCCGACCCUACAGCUCGCUGCGUUCCAGUUUACUGCGGGAAUUGCCAUGCCCUGUUUGUGAAUGCUGAGGGGGACCAUGUUGACUGCCAGAGUGGUGAAGCCGUCUCAUGUCCGCGUGGUUUAAUUAAGGAUACUUUUAUGGGAAUGGGAAUGGAUCCUUGCGAGGGAGCUGUGUGUCCAGCCAACCCAGGGGCCAAGUGUCUCCCUUCACCCUGUAUGGACCCCAACAAACCCCUGGACUGCCCGGUGGAAUUCUUUGACAUCAGAGCUCGUCUUGUCAAGUGUAAAAAAGAGAAGCCAGGUAGGUGUCCUAUGGUCACACCUGGAGAGCUGGGAAUAUGUUUUGAAGAGUGUAACGAUGACAUGGAAUGUGGUGGAUACAAGAAAUGCUGUAGCAACGGAUGUGGACAUGUUUGUCGAGACCCAUUCGAGGUGAUGGGUGAGAAGCCAGGUAGGUGUCCAAUGGUCACACCUGGAGAGCUGGGAAUAUGCUCUGAAGAAUGCAAAGAUGACACAGAAUGUGAUGGAUACAAGAAAUGCUGUAGCAACGGAUGUGGACACGUUUGUCGUGACCCGUACAUGGUGAUGAAUGUGAAACCAGGAAUGUGUCCAAUGGUCCCUCCAGGCUCAAUAGGAAUAUGUGUUGAAGAAUGCAGGAAUGACACCCAGUGUAUGGGAAACAAGAAAUGCUGCAGCAACGGAUGUGGACAUACCUGCCGGGAACCAAGUUUGCCAUUAAUGAAACAAGGAAUGUGUCCCAUGGUCCAACCUGGCACAGCAGGAAUAUGUGUUGAAGAAUGCAUGAAUGACACCCAGUGUAUGGGAAACAAGAAAUGCUGCAGCAACGGAUGUGGACAUACCUGCCGGGAUGCAAUGCCAUUGAAACCAGGAAUGUGUCCCAUGGUCCCACCUGGCACAGCAGGAAUAUGUGUUGAAGAAUGCAUGAAUGACACCCAGUGUAUGGGAAACAAGAAAUGCUGCAGCAACGGAUGUGGACAUACCUGCCGGGAUCCAAUGCCAUUGAAACCAGGAAUGUGCCCCAUGAUCCCACCUGGCACAGCAGGGAUAUGUGUUGAAGAAUGCAUGAAUGAUACUCAAUGUGAAGGAAUGAAGAAAUGCUGCAGCAACGGAUGUGGACAUACCUGCCGGGAACCAAGUUUGCCAAUGAAACCAGGAAUGUGCCCCAUGGUCCCACCUGGCACAGCAGGAAUAUGUGUUGAAGAAUGCAGGAAUGACACCCAGUGUAUGGGAAACAAGAAAUGCUGCAGCAACGGAUGUGGACAUACCUGCCGGGAUCCAAUGCCAUUGAAACCAGGAAUGUGCCCCAUGAUCCCACCUGGCACAGCAGGGAUAUGUGUUGAAGAAUGCAUGAAUGAUACUCAAUGUGAAGGAAUCAAGAAAUGCUGCAGCAACGGAUGUGGACAUACCUGCCGGGAACCAAGUUUGCCAAUGAAACCAGGAAUGUGUCCCAUGGUCCCACCUGGCACAGCAGGAAUAUGUGUUGAAGAAUGCAGGAAUGACACCCAGUGUAUGGGAAACAAGAAAUGCUGCAGCAACGGAUGUGGACAUACCUGCCGGGAUCCAAUGCCAUUGAAACCAGGAAUGUGCCCCAUGAUCCCACCUGGCACAGCAGGAAUAUGUGUUGAAGAAUGCAUGAAUGAUACUCAAUGUGAAGGAAUCAAGAAAUGCUGCAGCAACGGAUGUGGACAUACCUGCCGGGAACCAAGUUUGCCAAUGAAACCAGGAAUGUGUCCCAUGGUCCCACCUGGCACAGCAGGAAUAUGUGUUGAAGAAUGCAGGAAUGACACCCAGUGUAUGGGAAACAAGAAAUGCUGCAGCAACGGAUGUGGACAUACCUGCCGGGAUCCAAUGCCAUUGAAACCAGGAAUGUGCCCCAUGAUCCCACCUGGCACAGCAGGAAUAUGUGUUGAAGAAUGUAUGAAUGAUACUCAAUGUGAAGGAAUGAAGAAAUGCUGCAGCAACGGAUGUGGACAUACCUGCCGGGAACCAAGUUUGCCAAUGAAACCAGGAAUGUGUCCCAUGGUCCAACCUGGCACAGCAGGAAUAUGUGUUGAAGAAUGCAGGAAUGACACCCAGUGUAUGGGAAACAAGAAAUGCUGCAGCAACGGAUGUGGACAUACCUGCUGGGAUCCAAUGCCAUUGAAACCAGGAAUGUGCCCCAUGAUCCCACCUGGCACAGCAGGGAUAUGUGUUGAAGAAUGCAUGAAUGAUACUCAAUGUGAAGGAAUCAAGAAAUGCUGCAGCAACGGAUGUGGACAUACCUGCCGGGAACCAAGUUUGCCAAUGAAACCAGGAAUGUGUCCCAUGGUCCCACCUGGCACAGCAGGAAUAUGUGUUGAAGAAUGCAGGAAUGACACCCAGUGUAUUGGAAACAAGAAAUGCUGCAGCAACGGAUGUGGACAUACCUGCCGGGAUCCAAUGCCAUUGAAACCAGGAAUGUGCCCCAUAAUUCCACCUGGCACAGCAGCGAUUUGUGUUGAAGAAUGCAUGAAUGAUACUCAAUGUGAAGGAAUCAAGAAAUGCUGCAGCAACGGAUGUGGACAUACCUGCCGGGAUCCAAUGCCAUUGAAACAAGGAAUGUGCCCCAUGAUCCCACCUGGCACAGCAGGGAUAUGUGUUGAAGAAUGCAUGGAUGACACUCAAUGUGAAGGAAUCAAGAAAUGCUGCAGCAACGGAUGUGGACAUACCUGCCGGGAACCAAGUUUGCCAAUGAAGCCUGGAGUGUGUCCCAUGAUCCAACCUGGCACAGGAGGGAUAUGUGUUGAAGAAUGCAUGGAUGACACCCAGUGUAUGGGAAUCAAGAAAUGCUGCAGCAACGGAUGUGGACAUACCUGCCGGGAACCAAGUUUGCCAAAGAAACCAGGAAUGUGCCCCAUGGUCCCUCCAGGCUCAAUAGGAAUAUGUGUUGAAGAAUGCAGGAAUGACACCCAGUGUAUGGGAAACAAGAAAUGCUGCAGCAAUGGAUGUGGACAUACCUGCCGGGAUCCAAUGCCAUUGAAGCCUGGAGUGUGCCCCAUGGUCCAACCUGGCACAGGAGGGAUAUGUGUUGAAGAAUGCAGGAAUGAUACCCAGUGUAUGGGAAACAAGAAAUGCUGUAGCAACGGAUGUGGACAUACCUGUCGGGAACCAAGUUUGCCAAUGAAACCAGGAAUGUGCCCCAUGGUCCAACCUGGCACAGGAGGGGUAUGUGUUGAAGAAUGCAUGAAUGACACCCAGUGUAUGGGAAACAAGAAAUGCUGCAGCAACGGAUGUGGACAUACCUGCCGGGAGCCAGAAUCUAGGACAGAAGCUAUGAUGAUGAAACCAGGAACCUGCCCAACACAAGACAUGGUGCCUUAUGUUCACUCCUGUGGGGAAUGCACAAGUGAUUCUCAGUGCAGGGGACGUAUGAAGUGCUGCAACCAAGGAUGCUGCUUGGAACCUAUAGAAACGCCUGGACAAUGUCCCUAUGUCCCAAUGAUGCCUGUACUAAGUCGAUCCCCUGAGAGAUGUGAAGAGCAAUGCUCCUCAGACAGUGACUGCGAAGAGGAAGGGAUGGGCAAGAAAUGCUGCAGCAAUGGAUGUGGAACCAAGUGCAUUGAGCCGAUCAGAGAGAGGAAGCCAGGAACCUGUCCAGUAGUGCCAAAAGAUACUUUUGGUAUCUGUGUGGAGGAAUGCAGUGGGGAUGAGGAGUGUUCAGACAGACAGAAAUGUUGCAGUAAUGGGUGCGGUCACUUAUGCAUGGACCCACAAGAGCAACCAGGAGACUGUCCUCAUUCAAUGCCAUGGGGAAUGACAAUGCUUCAAAUACGCCAGUCACUGUGUCUUGAAGAUGAAGACUGCGCUGGCAAGAAACACCAAAGCAAGUGUUGCUCCUAUGGCUGUAGAAGCGUUUGUGUGGAGCCUGUCAGAGUUGAGAAGGCCGGUAUGUGUCCCAUGGUAGCACCAGACUCUGCUGGAAUCUGUGCACAGAUGUGCAAUGGAGACCAAGACUGUGAUGGCAAUAAGAAGUGUUGCAGUAAUGGCUGUGGAUUUCUCUGCGUCGAGCCACAAGACAGGCCCGGUACGUGUCCUUACGUUAGAGAUUAUCUUCUUGGGAUAUGUGUGGAAACCUGCAGUGGUGACUCACAUUGUGAGAGAGGGGACAAGUGCUGCUUCAAUGGGUGUGGUCACCAGUGCAUGCCAACUGUACCUGUGAUAAAGGAAGAUGGAGAAUGCCCCGUGGUGGACCCGAGAGAUGAAUCGAUGCAAGGCGAUUGUGAGUCUAAUUGUGUCAGUGAUAAUGAAUGCCCUGGUAGAUCACGAUGCUGUAGGGUAGGAUGUGCCAAGGUUUGUCUUCAGCCAAGACCUUCUCCAGCGCGAUGCAGUGAGGAUGAGCCCGAAGAGAGAUGUGAUCCUAACCCCUGCGAUCACGCUACAUGCGUCUCCCAUCCUGACGCCCAGUGUGCCCCAAACAUGUGUGGACAGUGUAGCCCAGAAUUCUUUGAUGAUCAAGGCAAUAGGGUCUACUGUUCAGGUCAUACAUACUGCAAGGGACUGAGUGACAGUGAGUUUUACAUGGCAGGCACGGUACGUGACUCUUCCGAUGGCUGCAAUCAGUGCGUCUGCACUGGUAGAGGAACAUGGACAUGUACUAAGAUUGAUUGUGGGACUGUGAUCCAAGUGAGUAUGGUACUGAAUGGGACUUAUGACAACGUAUCAGGUCGCAAGGAAAUGUUCAUCAACAAACUGAAGAUGUUCCUGUCAUCAACAUUUGGUCUUCCUACUUGGGUAUUCAGAGACUUCAAGAUCAGCAGAGGCAGCAUUGUCGUUGAAUUCAAGGUGUCAGACGUAGAUUCUAUGAACUCUGAGCAGGUAGAUCAGACUGUCGAUGAAAUGAAAAAGCAGGUACAAUCGGGAGAGUUACAGUUUGAAUUUGAAGGGGAGACACUUCAUGCAAAGACGGACUCCUUUAUGAAAGCUCAGGUUGUGGAAGCAACUCCUGUACCUCCCAAGGAGAUGAACGAUAAGGUCAUGCUGAUAGCCAUUGGAAUCUUCCUGGGUGUGGUCGCUUUGGUUGUGGUCAUCGCCAUCAUUUCGUGUGUUAUGAAAGGAAAGAAGGAAACCAAAGAGAAGCAGAAAUCUGAGAAUCUGGAAUUCAACGAUUAUUCUGGAAGUGUGGUUGCUAAGGACUGGCAACAGUGAGAAUCUGGAAGUCACAACUACCUUCAUUGUGGGUCUCUCUGAAUAUUACAUCUUUUACAUUUUAACUUUUUUUAGAUGAAGUUAGGUUACUUCAUAUUGGUAAGUAUUGUAAAAAUGUCUUUCAGAUUUAAAGCAGCUUUUUUCCUCCCAAAAGAGUCUUCCUCGUAGAAUAUAUACAAAUUUGUGACAUUCCACAAAUGAGUUCAAAAUGGAAGAUAAUUAUGUUUAAAUUGAUCCCAUUCUUGUUGGAAUGUCCUCAACUCAAACUUAGAAUAAUUUUUUAACUGAAAUAUUUGGUAUAAAACAAAUUUAUAUAUUUUUUAGAACUAUAUAUUUUUCUAGCAGACAUCAAUCUCUUUUCAAUGAAAAUUUUAAUUUUUAUAGCAGCAACUUUACCCAUAAUUUGACAGUAUAUAUAUAUAUUUGUUAAGAACUAAAUUUGCACAUUUACUUACAACUACAGUGGCAUUUUAAGGUUUGUACUCCAUGCUUUUUGUAUGAAGAAAUACUUAAAUUGAGAAUUGAAAAAAAUUAUGAAUUCUAGUGAUAUACUUAAAUGUAGUGAGGGGCAUUAAUGGAUUUUUGUGUCUUUAAAAAAUUUCAACUAAAGGAUGAUCAAUGCCUAAUGAAUCUGUGUCUGUCAUCAACCCCCCCCCCAAAAAAAAAAAAGAAAGAACACCUCCACAGCAGACUUAAUACCAGGUAAGGGUUAGGGAUUAAGAUAAUUGAUUGCUAGCUAGACUAGCAUGCACCCCAUUCCCUGCCUAACGGGCACGUACGGACACGACCGAGUAUUUGCGAUAAGGUCUUAUCACCUGGUAACUCUGCUGCUACCUUAUCUAGCGUUCCUUAGUCUCCCAUUCAAAAAGAAGACGCAAACAUUACGAAUGGCCUUCCCAAUGCUACACUCUGAGUACUUCCACGUCAGGUUAACCCUGGUCUGGGUUUGGUCAGCACACACCAGAGUUGACCCUGGUCCUGUUUCAGUCGGCCCUUACCAGGAGUCUAUGUCAAAAUGACAUCAAGUUCACUCAAGUUCACUGAACAAGACCACACACCACCUUUCAUCAUGGGUUCUCAGGGAUGAGAUUGGUCAGUCUUUUGUCUGAUUUCAGAUGUGUUGAAAGUCUACGUGGUAAUAAAAAAAAGCUGUACUUUUUUUUCCAAAUUAAAUAAAUAAGACGUGCUCUUUGAUCUACUUCUCUAGCACCGAGAAUACUGUUCUCUCAGAAGCUCCUUGGAAUCUAGAACUCCAAAGGGUAAUCAAAAGGUUGAAAUGCCAUCAUUUUAAUGUAUCCCCUUAAGAGUUGAAUCACAGUUUCAGACUUUGUUGUCGGCAAUGACUCUCAUCCUUUGGGGUUUCAAGAACAACACUUUACAAAAUGGCGUCUCAAGAGAAUGGGCAAAUUGGGUGUAAAAUUACUGUAAAAAAAGAUUGUUAAAGUUAAUUUUGAAAAGUUGAAAGUUAACAUGGAGCUAUAUUGGUCAUCUCAAAGAAACAGUUUGAAAGUUCGUUCUCUUUCUACGGUCAGGUUUCAGAGCGACUUACUGUGUAGUCGCAUUUGACCAGUACCGAGUCACUUUUCGUCGUUCUAUAUAACAUCGUACGCAUUUGAGCAACAGUGAUCCUAUCUCGACUAUCAAACAAUAAAUCAAUGUGAUGAACACACACAGAACAUAAAUUGAAAUCAAGAGGUUUUCAUUUGCCUGAAAGAUACAAAGCAAAUCAAUAUAGGGUGUUAUCAGAUAAUGAAGCAAAAAAAAUAUUUUAUCUGAUUAGACAUAUUUGAAGAAAAAAUAAAAUAAAUAUCAGAUAAGAUUAGAUUAAUAUAUGGCCGCUUUGGUAAUGGUGACGUAAAAAAUAGAAACAGAUAUUUUAUAUAUGCCUUGCUAAUUUUAAUUGUGUUUUUGUUUGCACAUUUUCAACUUGCUUAGAUGCAGCUGUAGUGGAUAAUAAAAGUAAAAGCAUUUUA